AUGUACGCCCUCGCUAACUCCAGGGCAGAUGCAUUGGCCCAGAGAUCGCCUGGGAGCAGCUUGAGCAGCUAUCAUUACUCAAUGCAAGAGAGGAACGUGCAGUUCUCCCGAGUACCUGUGCCAGAAGGCAAUACAGGGGUCAUCAUCUGUCAUCAAUACAUCGGACUCCCUCCUCACAUGGGAGAGGAGGUUGUCCGGUACGAUGACUACAUCCGCAAUCAAGAGUGGACACGGCUGACCUAG